CCUUUUUGUUUACAACGCGUUGCAUUUAGGACGCGUCCUGCAUAAUGACGUAGUCCACUUGGAUGAGUCGUUGUAUUGGGCCUUUUACCUCAACACAACAGCAACAUGACAGCGUCGAGCUCGCGAUUUCGUGGAUUCUUCUAUGAAUCAGCACGUCUUCUGCGGCGUAGAAUGUUUCUGGCUACGGCAGCUACAACACUUGUAGCUGCUGGUGCUCUUUCUGCUAGAUUUACGCGACGACCCGUCCUGUUAGACCAACCUGUCCGAAAGCAAGAAGCAAUUCACUAUCCAUCCAAGGCACGAACACCACCAAAAACGCCGGAUGAAGUUUCAGCUCGCUUACGUGAAUUACAACGCACAGUUUUGUUGCGGAAGGAUGGUAUCUACCGGUACGACUGGAACCAGGUCGCCAGUAACGAUCCUUGUGAGGAUGACCACGACGAACGCACUGUUUCUGAUGUUGACGAAGGGAAUUGGUACUUUUGGGGCGUGUACGAUGGACAUUCCGGUUGGAAUACGUCUCUCUUCCUACGCGAUCACCUUGUGACAGCCGUUGUAGACGAGCUUAAGUUCGCUUGUCGGCAUGCAGCAAAACAGAACGCGUGUCCGACUCCUGCUGCUCUCGGAGAUUGCAUGAAAAAAGCGUUUGUACAAGUUGAUGACACAAUUGUUCGGGACCAUGUCACUCGCGUGUUCAAAGGACCCGUUUCUCUCCAACAAGCGGCUUCUCUGCUGCUGCCUGCCUUGUCAGGCUCCUGUGCCCUGUUAGCUGCGUAUUCAGCCAAGUCUCAAAAUCUGCAAGUUGCCUGUACAGGCGAUUCACGAGCCGUUCUCGGUGUCCGCAGCAAGGACAACCGCGGCUGGGAGACGGUGCCCAUGAGUGCUGACCAGACGGGUGCAAACCCUUCCGAAGCAGAAAGACUCCAAGCAGAACACCCUGGAGAGACUGUCCUCACUAACAAUCGCAUUCUAGGCCGAUUGAUGCCUUCCCGGGCCUUUGGAGAUGCCAAGUACAAAUGGACAUCUGAGGUGGCCGCACGCUUGUAUAGAGAGUAUUUUGCAUUGCGUCCCCUGCCGACAAAGACGCCUCCAUAUGUUACAGCGGAGCCGGUUGUGCAAGUUCAACGCAUUGAACCUAGUCGGCAGUCAUUCCUCAUUCUCGCAACCGAUGGUUUGUGGGACACCAUGUCAAGUGAACGUGCUGUGCAAUUAGUUGGUGAAUGGAUUGAAUCGGGUCAAUUGGACGGGAAGGGUGCACGCUCUACGGCUCGUCAAUUAUUCUCCUCCUCAUCUGCAACUCCAGUCAAAGAUAGCAACGCAGCGACCCAUCUCAUCCGACAUGCCUUAGGUGGUGAGGACAAACGCGUUUCUUCUUUGCUGACAUUAACAUAUCCCGUGUCACGCAGGUACCGCGACGAUAUCACGGUUACUGUUGUUUUCUUUGAUUAUGGAAACUAGGUGUGAUUAAGGAUUAAGGAACAUUUCGAAAGGAUAGCACACACACACGACAGGUGUUACCAGAAAGUUCAUUCCUCGCAGGCCAAAAACAAAACCCAAUUCCCAAAAAAGUCCUCUUCAUACCCGCUCCACCCCCCGCUUGUUCGCUUUGGGUCUAACAAACCCUCCCCGUGUUAUGUUCUAUAAGAAAAUCUACCGUUACAUUGAUAACGAAUACGUAAAACAGUCUCCUGGCUAACAUGUCGAAAGAGGAAGAAGAAGAAAAAGAAAAAGGAAGAAAGAAACUGUGCCGUCAUUCAGAAGUUUCGUUAGAGCAUGGUCAGCUACAGGCGCUAGCAUUAUCAUCGAACACGACCAAACGCCGAUCGUCGUUACAGCAGCAAAAGAAGCUGCAAGGCAUCGCAAAAGACGACAAGAGGCCUUUCCUAGUUACCGUUCUUGCGUUGAGUGGGUGUCUGUUCGCCGGAAGACACUGUUGAUGAUGGAGUGGGCGAUGGAGCAAAAGCUAAAGAGCCCGCGGCUGCUUCUUUAGCUGAUGCAUCCGAGCGUCUUUUACGAUGUGCAGAUGCAGCAGCGGCGUCUUUCUUUGGUGACGCCGACGGAGCUAGGUGAGGAAUGGUUUCAGGAGAAGGGAUUCCCUUUCCGACAUUAGUGAUUCCCGUGUCGGAGGCCUUGCCGGCCUUGCUUAAUGCAUAGUCUCCUGAGUCAAAAUACUUUCUUCCUUGCUAAAUAAACGAUCGUUAGUAACUAUCGAAACGAUAAAAGAACAAAGGAAAAAACACCGACUGUGACAGAAGAAUGAGAACGACUAGCCGAUCAACAAAGGAACGGCUCGUAAAAUCGCAGGGAUCGCAAGUGGACGAGAAGAAGCAACAACAGCCACUGAUACCGUUUGCAAUUCAGUCAUAAAUAGCGGCGGAUUGUCUCUUUCUUGAACGAGGUCCAUCCUUUUCGUAUGCACGCAUAAACGCCCCUCGUGCCGCACGUUCUUCCGCAUGUCACAGGGAUGCUCGUUCCAACAUACCUUGAGUUUUUGAACCAGAAAGUCCUUCCGUUGAGGCAGUCUGCCGUAUAGACGGUACAAUUUCUGCUCCUCCGAAGUGAGACUCUGUAUCAACGACAAGUUAGUUACUGGCCACCAAAAAUUGCAGCACGAUGAACUGUGCAUUCGGCUCUCCCUAAGACGCCGUAUUCCGACUGUACAUACGUUGAUAUCAACGUUCUUUUGCGUUUGAUCUGAAGACAUGCUCAGGUACACCCGGUUGGCACUGUCACAGCUUCCGUUUUGGUUGCGUAGAGGGGAAGGGUCGGGCGGUUUGCGCAGCUGCUGGAAUCGCCAUCCAGGCGGUGAGCGAACUGAUGAUAUCAGUUCCGCUGCUGGCCCGCGCUUGCGACGAGCGACAGGCACGUGCUCUGACCCUGGAUCCAGUUUUUGAUGACAUCAUCAUGCUGUCAGAGCACGAUGAAGCAGUGGGACAUCUUGUGGGGCCGACGAUUCGCGGAGCUUACGUAAUGUAAAAACUAGCGAGGCGUUUACGCGGCCAAUCAAAAGGUAGCUUUAUCGCAUAGUAUUUGAGUGUCGGAGGAGUAAGUGUACACGUGACGGGCUUCGUAAACUCUGAAUCGCAGAUUUUCAAUUAGAACG